CCAGAAAAAGUUAGGUGGCUCAUCUCAAUUCUGCCAUAGAUUAGCUAUCAAUUAAUUUAGUGUCCUCAUUGAGCAGGUAAAAUGAAAUUUUUGUAUGACAAAUUCCGAGACCUUACAUCUGAAAUUGAACCCUUGCCCAUACAUGUUGUGAAUCUGCCUUUAUUGGUUAAUAAAAAUGGGAUAGCGGAGAAGUUUGAUAUUGCGCAAGACUGCAUCACCCUUAAGCGGAAGCCUGGCAAGAAUUCUGCCUCUGCCAUCAUUGUUCCCCCGAGCUGGCUUAAAAGUGAUUUUAUUUUGGAAGGUAAAGUGUUCUUUGGGAAGCGGGAAGCAUUUGUAUGGCAAUCCUUUGACUUGGACCCCUCACGACCAAGCUCGAAGCACUACAAGCCGCAUAAGCUGCCCAGUGAAGAGUUUGACUUGAGCCCUGCAUGCAAUGGACAGCCUACACUCCAUGUCCUCAAUGAUGACAUCUUGCUUCAUAUUUUUAAAUAUUUAAAUGUGUCGGAGAAACUGAUGCUUGAAGCAGUGUGUCGACGCUUCCAGUCUCUUGUUUACCGCGAGCUGGGCCAGAAAAGCUUCAUAGACUUCACUUAUGACUAUGACGACUGCGUCUGGCAAAGUGCGCACCGCAAUCUCCUCGAAUGCCGCAGCAAGUCGCCAGCUCAGCUUACACAGGACAUCAAGCUCUGCACCUACAAGAUGCUCAUCAUGAAUGCAAGCCACCUCACAACUCUGAGACUCGACGAGUAUUUCUGCAGCUUAGAUGUCAACGUAUUUGAUGCUAUAGGCCGACUUGCUGUGAAUUUGGAGGAUUUAUGCCUCUCAUUCAGGCCUCAGAGAAUUCGCCCCUACAUUCCCAUGAAGACCAUCUUCUCGCGCUGCACCAAACUCAGGACUUUGUGUUUUGAAGGCACAUUCCGUACUGGCAAAUUGCUACGAGAAUUGAAGAAAUGCAAAAGUUUGGAAGUGUUGCGGCUGGGCAGAAUGAUUGAUCUUACCAAUAACUGGGGUCUUCUAUGGCAGUUGAAAACUCCUCUUAAAGAGCUGUCAAUCCACAACAUUCAAAGUCUUUGUUCCUUGGGAUCGACUGAAAACUAUACGGACUCACCAUUCAAGUCAUGCCUCACGACAUUGCGUAUUUUUGACAAUACACAGCCAAUUAAGAAAUGGUGUCGCUGUCAAGGUGGAGGUAGAUGUGACUCUGUCAUCUAUGAAACUCUGUCAUCCAUGGCACGCUCAUGUCCUGCGCUGGCCCAACUCCAGCUUGAUUUCUCCUGUUAUAAUGUGUCCCUCAAUUUCAAGAUAUUCAAGAACUUGAAGGUGCUGCACUUUAUUGCUUCUGACGAUGAUAAUAUUGAGGUUCUUCUCAAAAGCGCUCUGCCUGACCUCGAGGAUCUUUACAUCGAGUUCUCAACAAAGAAAGUAUACGAGAUGCACACACGAAAUGAAGUCUUAGCUAUAGACUUUUCGCUGGCGCCGACGUCAGUGACGUCCCUGACGCUGCCUUCCGUCGCUUUGGACGAUAACUCCUACAAGAGCCUCCUGCGCAUGCCCAAGCUGCGGCGAGUCUUUGCCAAAAGCAAGAAAUUCUCAAUGGCUCAACUUGAACUACUCGUGGCCCACGUUCAGCUGGUCGAGAUAGGCGCCGCGAUGGUGUCCGUGGAUCUCUCCGCGGCGCAGGAGCUCGCUAAGCUACGCUGGAAGGCGCUGGCUGAUGAAAGGCGCUCUCUCCCCUCACGGAGCCUCGACAACGACGAGCCCCUCGUGCUGCAUGUCGACUACGCCCACCAUGUGGCCUUCGCAGAUCCUUUCAUCAAAAUCAAAGACCACAAACUGGAGUCGUACAUCUACGAGGUCGUCGGGUCGAGUCGCUUUGAUAUUGAUUGGCUGGACUUCGGCCGCGACCUCCUCCAGCAGAAGCGUCGCCAUAAAUGCUUGGAUAUUGACAGGGAGCUCUUGGUCUUCGAGACGUAUGAAGAUUCUGACGAUCCUGACAACAUCGCCGGGCUUUAUGAUGAACCACUCGACGAAGAUAUAUAGGACUAUUUGCUCUACGGUGGCCAUCGUGAAUACUGAGCCUGGCUUGUGCUGCAGCUCUGUUAUGCGUUGAGUGGAGCUAACUAGGCUGCUCUGCGGUGUCGUAUCGUCGCUGAGAUCUGCAUACUGAGCCUGGCUUGUGCUGCAGUUCUGUUAUGCGUUGAGUGGAGCUAACCAGGCUACCUACUCUGCGGUGUCGUAUCAUCGCUGAGAUCUGCACUAUUCUGUCACGCGAGUCAUGCUCAGGGGACUUGGCAAUCUCUGUGUCUUAACCAUAAUAAUAUGUGUUUUUUUUUGCCUCAGUGGAAAUCUCUUAACGAUAAGGUGUUGCAGGGUUUACUUAGAGAUAUGAAGUUUUGCAGCAUUGUUUAGAUGUCACGAAUGAACCAUAUUUGGCUUUUGAAUCAUUUUUGGCUUUUCCAUCUUUGUAACAUUAAAAUACACAAAAUCAAGAUUGUUUCAAAUAAAUUGAUCGCUCUACC